AUGCCCAUUGCAAAUGACAAAGAAACUAAAAGUAUCUUUCAAGACAUGACAUCAGAUGAAACUGGCUCGGAAGCAAGCUUAGGUUCAGAAGCACUUCUUCCGGAUGGGCGCGUUUUCGUCCCAUCUGAUAUUUCGCCUGACGUUCACCCCAGACCACAUGUUAGACGCAGAGGUCGCCAGUCUUUGGAUAGUUGCACAUCUGGAUCCAAUAACGUACAAAAUUAUCAUGCCACAAAAACAGGAAACAUAGUUUUUGAGUUGUCCUCAAUGCUUCAUCCAUCCACGGAUAUCCAUACAGACAACUGUAUUACUGAUCAGGCACAAUUGUCACAUGGAAACCAAGUUCCAGGUUUUGAUACAGAAGUAAGUUGUCUUCAGAGACACAAUCUCAAUCAACAGAAAGGGACCAGUAAACUAAAUAUGACCGAAAUAGAGUCUGAACAGGCAGAGAAUCUGAUCCAAACUAGCUGUUCUCAAGCAAGUUUUGAGGCCAGAAUGGACAAUUUUGUGCCAGAGGUCGGCCAGUUUUCCAUGGAGUCCGAAAGUGAGCGAGAUACGGGAUUUUCCAGUCACAGUACCAGUAGUAGUUGUCAACUGGAAACGAGUCCAACGGAACAAGAGGCCGACAGCUCUUGGAACUAUUUUCCUAUCGACUGGUCAGAUGCCGAAGCAGACAUUUGCCUGCAUGGAAACAACAAAAUUGAUGACCUCAUAUAUCAUUUUGAUAAGUUUUUCCGUGGUCAGAUAGAAAAUAAACUCAGCGAAAUGGGAAGUUUUAUCCACUCCUUGAUGACAGAGCAGCAGACUCAUGUGAGAUACAUAGUCAAUACGGCAGUCAGCACCAGUGCCAGUCAGACUUUAACAUCUGUUGAAAGGGACACAUCACUAGGAUCUCCUGUCCGAAAGCUGACUCGCUUCUCCAGCGGCGAAGAAAUGUCGAAUAGUCUCUUUUAUAUCACCAGGGAUGAUGAAAGGAAAAGAUUGCUACUCAAGAUCCUGUCAACGUCCUGUGCUAUAGGGUGUGUGUUACUUCGUCCAGAGUUCCAUACAUGA